AUGGACAUCGCGAAUUCCAGAGGUUCCUCUUCACCCCUUAGCUCCCUUACCCCUACCCCCCCUCCCUCAGAACCAGCAGAAACAGGAAACGGAAAUAGUACAGAGGUUCGGGUCGGGGAUGUCCUUCUUCUGGCCAGGUUUGAGACGACCAGGCUUCGGUGUGACCCAAACUCUCGAUUGUGGAUUUCAGGUCCCGAGUCUGACAAAAAACAGAUCUAUAGCGCUUUGGAUAACCGUUCAUCACUAAUGGCCAUGUACAAGGCAGUGUUCAUUGACAGAUCAGGUAAAAUCUUCCGGAAGCAAUCCCAAUCUGCAGGGGUCACAGCCAGAGACUGGGUAGGGCAGGCAGAUUCGGAUUCAGUUGCAGCUCUGGAGGUGAAGUUCAAGGACUGGAAUCCAUAUGUAGUCGAGCAGGUGAGAGAAACAGAGGUCGAACUGCGGCGACUGAAGGUGAAAGACGCAGGCACAACAUUGGUGAACAUCAAAGCAUUAGACCCCUGGGAUAUUGAGACUCGUACUGGUACAAGAGGGCUCUUGCCUCAGCAGGGUAUUCCUCCUGGGACAGAAAGAGUACGAAAAGUCGAGACCCUAGGACUUGAAACAUUGAAUGCACUCUUGGAAGGCAAUUCAAUUCAAGGCCCAUAUUGGCCAAUCACAAGUGCCGGAAACAAACAGAACAACAGUACGAGUAGCGGUCAAACGAUCUCAGCGGCAACAGUAGCUGGGGCAAGUGAUCAGUCAUAUUGGGAACAAGUGAAGCCUGGCAAAACGGUUGUCAGUGUGCCUUAUUACCGUUUGACUCUAGCUCGCAGAGACACUCUAGAUGGAGAGUGGAGAAAGCUCAAUAAGGAGGAAUACGAUGGUGAGACGUGGAUGGACUCAGAGACAAGAAGUACCCGCAACUCAGAAGUAGUUUUCUGUGAUGAUGGCAAAGUUCAAUGGCCAGAACUAGCCGCGAAGUUAUAUGAGGUUGUUGUUUGUGAUACCCACAUAUAUGAAAAAGAAGAUAAAACGGGUCAAACAAUAUUUUACAUGGAUCAGGAGGGGACUAUCCAGUCUGGGGAAGAGGGCAACACGCGCAAGUUGGCUGCGAAGUUAGGUGGAUGGAUAUCCUUUCGCUGCAUCACAAAAGACCGUGUGACUCUUGGUCUUAGAAAGCUAGAACCUAACGACAAGAGAGAUCUGAAAAGACCCCGUUCCCACGGAGCCGCAUCCCAGACUUUGGACGGCCAUAUAGGAAGGUGGCACUUCAGCACUUAUAUGGAGUCAGACAAGAUCAUUCCAGAGACUGAUAGGGUGGUCCGAAAGGGAUACUUUGAUCGAGCUUUAGGAUGGGAUGGGGCCUGGCCAUCAGGAGCCCCUGGGACUCCCACUGCAUAA